UAAUGAACCAUGUCCAAGCCAUGACUCCAUAGAAGCAUAUAUUACGAUGACCGGUGAAGUAAUCGCAAGAUGUUUCCGAGGUGGCUGUUAGUUUUGCGAGCGACGUCACGCCCCCUCCACAGCACGGCGGCACGGCCAACCGACGCGGGCGCACCACGGCCGAGACUUUCUCCUCGCGACACCUCAGCUGGAGAAACGGGCGCGGAGGUGAGUCGUACACGCAACUGCGCGCGCGUCGACCGCCUUCGACGCUGCCGCAAUAACUUUAUCAUAACACUUCCGCAAACGAAUUGCCGCUUUCGCUCCGUAAACAGUUCUUGUGCGAACGUACCGUGUUUUCAAACAACACCAUCAAGCAUAUAUCCAAUCUGGACAAUUAGCCGGCCGCGGCUUCCGUAGUGGCGUUCGCAAAAUGCUGGUGUGAUGUCUAAUCGUAAUUAAAGAUUCUGUGAUCACGAAACAUGGCCGAAGGGAGUACAAGGUGCUUAAUAGGAUUGUUGGCAAUUCUCGCAGUGGUUACACAAUCGUUUUGUGAUCCAGAAUUAUACUAUGAGAAACAACGCUAUGAUGGCUGGUUCAACAACAGAGCAUAUCCAGAUUGGGGGUCAGUUGGCAGUCGGCUAACGCGUAAAACUCCAGCAUCUUACGCAGAUGGAGUGUACAUGAUAGCAGGUGCAGAUCGACCUGGAGCCAGGACGUUAUCGAAGCUGUUCAUGCGGGGGCAAGACGGGCUACCGUCGCUUGCAAACCGGACUGCUUUGCUUGCAUUCUUUGGACAAGUAGUGACAGGUGAAAUAGUUAUGGCGUCAGAGUCCGGCUGUCCCAUUGAACACCAUCGCAUUCCGGUAGACAAGUGCGAUCACAUGUAUGAUCCAGAUUGCCAGGGUGCUAAAUACAUGCCAUUCUUGAGAGCAGCCUAUGAUCGAUCCACUGGACAGAGUCCAAAUAGCCCAAGAGAACAAAUAAAUCAGAUAACGUCAUGGAUCGACGGCAGCUUCGUGUACAGCACCAGUGAGGCGUGGGUGAAUGCAAUGAGGUCAUUUCAGAACGGAAGCCUAGCGAGUGAGGGAGGUAUGCCCCUGAGAAACACGAAGCGAGUGCCGCUCUUCAAUAAUCCAGUUCCUCAUUACAUGCGCAUGCUCAGCCCAGAGAGACUGUAUUUGCUUGGUGAUCCGCGCACUAACCAGAACCCUGCGAUGGUGACAUUUGGCAUCCUAUUGCUGCGGUGGCACAACGUGGUGGCCGCACGAGUGCACCGCCAACACCCGGACUGGAGCGACGAACAACUCUUCCAGCGAGCCAGGCGAAUCGUUAUAGCUAGUUUACAGAAUGUUAUUCUUUACGAGUAUGUGCCGGCUUUCCUCGGGGUGCCGAUUCCAAAGUACAGCGGCUACAAAGCUGAAGUGGCACCAGGCAUCACGCAUGCGUUUGCAGUGGCCGCUUUCCGCUUCGGUCACACUCUAGUCCCUCCAGCGAUACUACUGAGGGACAGAAACUGCAGAUAUGGGAGGGCUCCUGGUGGACACGACGCUGUUAGGCUGUGUCAGACUUGGUGGGAUGGAAAUGAUGUGAUGUCCCAAGUGCCUAUAGAAGAAAUCCUUAUGGGGAUGGCAUCUCAACUAUCUGAACGUGAAGAUGCUUUAUUAUGCUCAGAUGUCCGAGAUAACUUAUUUGGUCCAAUGGAAUUCUCAAGACGAGACCUCGGAGCAUUGAACAUAAUGAGAGGAAGAGAUAAUGGGUUACCGGAUUACAACACAGCCAGAGAAUAUUUUGGAUUACCUAAAGUGAAAACUUUUAAUGAAAUUAAUCCGGAGCUCUUCGAAAAUAAUCCAGACUUAUUGCAAAAAUUAAUUCAAGCAUAUGACGCAAGAUUGGACAAUAUUGAUGUUUAUAUUGGUGGAAUGUUAGAAUCUACAGGCCAUCCUGGUGAACUUUUCAGAGCUAUCAUUACUGAUCAGUUUACAAGAAUAAGAGAUGCCGACAGAUUUUGGUUUGAAAAUGAUAAAAAUGGGAUAUUUACGAGAGAGGAAAUAGAAGAACUUCGUCGCAUUACCAUGUGGGAUAUAAUAGUGAACAGCACAGCAGUGGGCCCGGCUGAUAUACAACGGGAUGUGUUUCAUUGGCGCGCUGGAGACCCAUGUCCCCAGCCCUAUCAGUUGAAUGCCUCUAAACUGCCGCCUUGUAAAUACCUUAAAGGAUACGAUUACUUUGAGGGGAACGAGUUCGCUUACAUAUACACGUGUCUUGUAUUAGUAUUCGUACCGAUUCUGUGCGCGGGCGCAGCCUACGGCGUCGUCAAACUGCAGAACAGUCGCAGACGCCGGCUUAAGAUACAACAGGAGCAUCUGAAAAAUGCGCAGUACAAAGGCUCAGUAGAUAAAAUGGUGUGUCGGGAAUGGGUACACGCCUCCCAUAAACGACUGGUAAAAUUACGGCUGGGACCUGAACCGGCGCUCCACGUCACAGACAGGAAGGGAGACAAAUUACGCACCGUGCCUUUGGAUCAUACCGAUCAACUUACAGUGCUAGAAAGUCAGGAGGGUCGCAGCAACAAGCGUCCUCUGGUGUUAAUUCGCGCAGCCCGCGAGCAUGAUCUCGUACUUGAGAUGGAUUCAGUGGCGUCACGACGGAAGUUCCUCGUCAAGCUUGAUGCCUUCCUCGCGCAGCACAAAAAGGCGCUCAGUCUUAGCCAGGGUCAUCGAGAACAAAUAUUGGCUACAGCGGAAACCAGAGAGCGAAGACAACGCAGACUUGAACAUUUCUUCAGAGAAGCAUACGCCAUCACAUUUGGAUUAGCCCCUGGUGAGAAACGACGAAGAUCGGAAGAUGCUGACCCCGAGUCAAUAGUGAUGAGAACAUCAUUAUCGAAGAGUGAAUUCGCCAGCGCUCUUGGUAUGAAAGCUGAUGCUGUGUUUGUCAAGAAAAUGUUCAAUAUUGUGGACAAAGAUGGAGAUGGCAGAAUUUCAUUCCAGGAAUUUCUGGACACCGUAGUGUUGUUCUCCCGCGGCGCGACUGAGGACAAGUUGCGGAUAAUCUUUGACAUGUGCGACAAUGACCGCAACGGGGUCAUUGACAAGGGCGAGUUGAGUGAGAUGCUGCGCUCGCUGGUCGAGAUCGCGCGGACCACCUCACUACGGGACGAACACGUCACAGAGCUCAUCGAUGGAAUGUUCUUGGAUGCUGGCCUUCAACAUAAAGAUCACCUCACAUAUUCUGACUUUAAGCUGAUGAUGAAGGAAUACAAAGGAGAGUUUGUAGCUAUUGGUCUCGAUUGCAAGGGCGCAAAACAGAACUUCUUGGAUACAUCAACAAACGUUGCGAGAAUGACAAGUUUUCACAUUGAACCUUCUAUGGAGCAAUCCAGACAUUGGUGUCUUCUCAAAUGGGAUUACCUAACGACCUUCUUAGAAGAAAAUAGACAAAACAUUUUCUAUUUAUUCGUAUUCUAUGUGGUUACUAUUGGACUAUUCGUGGAAAGAUUUGCUCACUAUUCCUUCAUGUCUGAACAUUUGGACUUGAGGCAUAUAAUGGGUGUUGGUAUCGCCAUCACUCGAGGAUCAGCUGCUUCACUGUCCUUCUGCUACAGUCUACUACUGUUAACAAUGUCCAGAAAUUUACUGACGAAACUCAAGGAAUUUAGUAUCCAGCAAUAUAUCCCAUUAGACUCCAGUAUCCAGUUCCACAAGAUAGUGGCCUGUACUGCAUUGUUCUUCUCACUUCUACAUACGGCUGGACAUAUGGUGAACUUCUACCAUGUGUCCACGCAGCCUGUGGAGAAUUUGCGAUGUCUAACUAAGGAGGUUCACUUCACAUCUGACUUCCGGCCAGGGAUCACUUACUGGGUCUUCCAAACCGUUACUGGUAUAAGCGGCGUGCUGCUGUUCGUGAUCAUGUGCGUGAUGUUCAUAUUCGCGCACCCGCGCGUGCGCAAGCGCGCGUACCCGUGGUUCUGGCGCGCGCACUCGCUGUACGUGGCGCUGUACGCGCUGUGCCUGCUGCACGGGCUCGCGCGGCUCACCGGCGCGCCGCGCUUCUGGAUCUUCUUCCUCGGGCCCGCCGUCGUCUUCACGCUCGACAAGGUUGUGUCUCUACGAACAGAAUACCUAGCCCUAGACGUAUUAGAAACGGAAAUGUUACCAUCAGAUGUGAUCAAAAUUAAAUUCUAUAGACCACCUAAUCUUAAAUACUUAUCAGGUCAAUGGGUGAGGCUGGCGUGUACGGCGUUCAGGAAAGAAGAGUUCCACUCGUUCACGCUGACGUCAGCGCCUCAUGAGAACUUCCUCUCCUGCCACAUCAAAGCACAAGGACCUUGGACCUGGAAAUUACGGAAUUACUUCGACCCAUGCAACUUCAACCCGGAAGAUCAGCCGAAAAUAAGGAUACAGGGUCCGUUCGGAGGCGGUAAUCAAGACUGGUACAAGUUCGAAGUUGCAGUAAUGGUUGGCGGCGGUAUAGGGGUCACGCCGUAUGCUUCUAUACUCAACGAUCUCGUAUUCGGAACUUCUACCAACAGAUACUCCGGUGUUGCCUGCAAAAAGGUGUACUUCCUGUGGAUCUGUCCGUCGCACAAACACUUCGAAUGGUUCAUCGACGUGUUGCGCGACGUGGAGCGUAAGGACGUCACCAACGUUCUCGAGAUACAUAUAUUCAUCACACAGUUCUUCCACAAGUUCGACCUGCGCACCACCAUGCUUUACAUCUGCGAGAACCACUUCCAGCGGUUGUCGCGCACGUCCAUGUUCACCGGUCUGAAGGCGGUGAACCACUUCGGCCGCCCCGACAUGUCCUCCUUCCUUAAAUUCGUGCAGAAGAAACAUAGUUAUGUAUCAAAAAUCGGUGUAUUUUCAUGCGGGCCGCGUCCGCUCACCAAAUCGAUAAUGUCCGCGUGCGAGCAAGUCAACCGCACCCGCCGGCUCCCGUACUUCAUACAUCACUUCGAGAACUUCGGCUAAACUGCGCCGGCGACGCUCGUAGCGGAUUUUAGAGUUCAAUUUAGUUUAAAUUAGCAGUCAUCUGGAGGUUAGACUUCCCAAGUUACCAAUCUCUAUAUAUUUGCUUAUUUAUUUUUAUUGCUGUAUAAGUAAAGAUUCUAUCGUUUACAGUGAGAAAAUUUAAUUACAUAAUAUAAUACUUAGAUAGCAACUAGAGUCAUACAAAUAAAGGCAUAGACAACUAGAGAACGAGCAUGUAAGCAGGCAGAGAAAAAUUUAGAAAAAGACAAGUUCUCUUUUGAUCCCGCCAUGCAUAUAUCAUGCAAAAAAAAAUAUAUAAUUAACAAAAAUCAAAUUUAAGGAAUUUCAUAGAUUUUUAGAGAAUUUAAUUUAACAAUAGAUCAGAAUUGUCUGAUCUGUUAUUUGUUAAAUCAAAUUCUAAUUAGUAUUAACUAAUGUUAAUGCGUUACGUUCUCACGUGUUUCAAGAGUAAUUUAUGACACACACAAAACUAAUGUUUUAUUUCAUAUGACAUAAGUGCAAAGCACCAUAAAUUUUAAGAAAUAUACUAAAAUACAUUAAAAAAGUGUUUAAACAGUCUUUUUUAAUACUUAGGUACCAACUUCUAUACCGUAGACUCAUGACCAUUUCCUCCAAAAAAUUAAUAAACGAUUUUAUUCCUAUACGUUGAUUAUAUAUUGUCUAUGCUCUUUUAUUUCAUACACCUACCUUAUAUUUAAUUUAAACUUAGCUUUUUAAGAUCAUAAUUCUGAAUUAAAAGAAAGGAAAUCUAAAUUGUGUAUGUAUAAUUGCUUUUCAUAUUUUAAAUACGUAUCUGUUAAAUUUGACUAUAUUAUAAUUUAAGAGUUUUUUUUUAUUAGCAGUUAUAAUAGGAAACCAAUUUUUUUACCAAUAAUUAAAAUGUACUUAUGUAAAAUUUUAUUAAAUCAGAAUAAAAUCAAAAUUAUAAAGGACGGUAACACAUACGUCCUUAAUUACAAACUAGUUAAUUUAUUUAUUUUUAGUGUUGUAUUAAUAAGCUUAAUAAUUGUGUAUAUAAUUUUCAUGGCAAUGAUUUAGUACAAAAUACAAUUCCGCAUUUCAAUGUACAAAAUACAGAUUACCAGAAAGUGUAUUUUAAAAUAACAAAUAUAAUAAUACUCAUUGCGAUCUGAAUUAUUGUAACAUUUUUAUUUAUGAUUUUAAUUUUAAAAGAAAUUUUUGUAUUAUGUAAAUAAAUGUAAAAAUAUAAAUAAAAUUGGCUAGUAAUAUUACCGAAUUUCUGUUUUAUUUAAUGGCAUUGUAAAUAGAUGUUUAAUAAAACUUUGUUCACAAUUACAAUGGGUACU